AGGCAGUAGUGGUGUUGAUCCCGAGAUUGGAGGUGUUAGUAUCACUGAGAUCUACGCCGUAGAAUCCAUCACCUGUAUCAACCGAGGACAAGGCCAACAAGGUGAACAGUCCUCACUCACUCCAUUCAUAAAGAAAGGAAUUGUUAAACCGAAUUACCGAUAUUUGAUCUUUUCAUCAACCUCGACAUUCUAACCAUCAUAAUCCAUCGAAAUUGGCAACAUGACUGGCGGAAAUCUUGCGAGUAUUCAAGUGGCGGAACAGGACUACUUCGCCAUCAAUCCUGCCCCAACGUCACUUCAAUCCCAUCUCACCAUAGCCCGGGAGUUCAUCACCCGACAUGCAGAAGGGGGCCGUAAUGUGGUGUUAGUUACCUCCGGUGGUACAACGGUUCCCUUAGAAAAUCAAACUGUUCGCUACAUCGACAAUUUCUCGGCGGGAACCCGAGGCGCUUGCAGCGCGGAAUAUUUCCUCGAGGCAGGAUAUGCCGUCAUAUUCUUGCACCGGCAGUUCUCGCUUCUACCAUAUUCGCGACACUACUCGCAUAAUACCCGGUCUUUCCUUGACUAUAUGGGAGAAGAAGAUGGAAAAGUGGUCGUCGAGGACGAGCACCAAGAGGAUAUGCUGCGGGUGCUCCGGAGUUACACCGCGGCGAAAAAAAAGAACCAACUUCUCAUCCUUUCCUUCGUCACGAUCACGGAGUAUCUAUGGGAGCUACGAGAGGUCGCAAAAUUGAUGCGACCGCUUGGUCCUCGAGCGAUUUUCUACCUUGCCGCUGCGGUUUCCGACUUCUUCGUGCCGAAAGAUCAGAUGGUUGAGCACAAGAUCCAGUCCUCAGAAGCAUUCAGCAAAAGACUCGACGAUCCGAACGCGAAGGCUCCUGCAGCACGGACAGACGGGAGUAAACUCGUCAUCGACCUGGAACCGGUGCCGAAGUUUUUGAAACAGCUUGUGGAUGGCUGGGCACCGGAUGCCAUGAUCGUGAGCUUCAAACUGGAGACAGACCCAAAGAUUCUCAUCAACAAGGCGAGAUACUCUUUAGAGAAGUAUCAGCACCACCUCGUCAUCGGCAACCUUCUCACCACCCGAAAAUGGGAGGUGGUCUUCGUUACCGCCGGCGGGGAGCGGUGGGUUAGAGUCCCGCCUCGUCGCCGAACGAAGAGCGUUUCAGGCGUCGCAAGUUUAAUCGGCAAGUCCGAGGAAAAGGAUGGGGAUUCCAGCACAGAUGACGAUCAAGCGGUGGAGGAAGUCAUGGAAGGGGAACCACCGGUUGAAAUCGAAAGCUUGAUUAUCCCAGCCGUCGCGGAGAUACAUAAGGGACUGCUUGCCAAUGGAAAAUAAGCGACACCUGGGAGCACUUAAAAAGCUCUUUACUCGUUCCACGCCUCAUUAGAACAAUGGCAUUCACGAUGGUAUCCCUAAUUUCCCCAGAAAUGCUCGUGUUGGAACCGUUUUCUCCCUUGUGCUAUGCACCGUAUCAAGGGAUUGCUGCAGAAUCCGCCACCAUGACGAGCAUCCAUUCCUUGCACGACCAAUGGCAAACAAACACUGCAGGCAUUGUAUUUAUGCCCUCACUGCUCCUAUAUUCUAAUUGACUCUGUCUAGAUUAAUAUUUAGCUGCAAAAACGCAUGAAGCGUGGCUUUCGUUGGUAGACCUCUGCUAGACGAUAAUGGUGCACAUCUGGGAUAUUAAAGCGAAUGGUGCGACUGUUAUACACCAAGGGGGGAACAGUGGUGACCAAA